AUGUCGUACAAACGGCAACUACUGCUCGCGGUUGGUGUGAUGUUGCCGCUUCUUGCUCAGGCGGUGGAUCCUCCCGAUCUCUACAGUUACACGCACGAGGCGGGCGAAGUACUGCCACGGGGUGACGAAGAGUUCCAGUACAUGAGCCUGGGUCUGCCAGCGUUCUUCUACAACGAGCAAUACGACGGUGUUUACAUCAACACCAACGGCAUACUAUCCUUCGGUGGAGAGCUGGUAGGUUUUCUGAACCUACCGUUCCCUCUUGGGAACCCUUCGAUCGCAGCAUUCUACGCGAACGUGGACACCACGCUGCCCAAUGAUACCGCCACGAUCGUGUACUUCAAGACGCGUGAUCCGGGGCUACUCCACCGUACGACGAUGCUGGUGCACGAGAGCUUCAGUAAUCACGUCGACUUCGAGGCGAAGCAGGUGUUCGUGGCCACCUGGGAACACGUGGGCCACUACAACAUGAAGAACGACGUGCAGAACUCCUUCCAGGUGGCCAUCAUCCAGGGUGAAGCGGACACGUUCGUGCAGUUCCUGUACCCGGAGGGUGGCAUCAACUGGAUCCAGGGUGAUACCGGUGACAGUGGACUACCGGAUGUGCGUGCUCAGGCCGGUUUUACCGGUGAGGAUGACCGCACGUUCGCGCUACCCGGUUCGGGAACCGACAAUGUGCGUCACCUGACCAUGUCGUCGAACAUCAACCAACCGGGUAUUUGGCUGUACCGAGUCGGACCACUUGCUCCGGAUGCGAAUGUCGAGCUUCCGGAUCUGCAGCUGGAGCAGGAACCAACGGAACCGAUCAGCUGCGCAGAUGGAGGCCGCUUCAAGUGCCAUUCGGCUGCAUCCUGUCACACCAACAGAAGGGGCUUUUGCUGUCAGUGUAAACCGGGGUACUACGGCAACGGAUUCAGCUGUGUCAAGAACGAUGUCCCUCUGCGUGUUGCGGGAAAAGUGCUUGGAAACGUGAAUGGCGAAAUCGUCGAUACGCAGCUGCAGUCAUACAUCGUGAUGGCGGAUGGAAGAACAUACACCGCCAUCAGCCCGCUCGAGGAGCAGAUGGGUUCAAACCUACAGUUGGCUCAGAUCCUCGGUGGAACCAUCGCGUGGUUGUUCGCGAAACCGCUGGGAGCGACGGUCAACGGUUACCAGCUGACUGGUGGCAAGUUUAACCACUCCAGCACGCUGCAGUUCGAAACGGGUGAGAUGUUCCUCAUCACCCAACGCUACAGCGGGUUGAACGUGUGGGAUCAGCUCGCGCUUGACGUGGAACUGUCCGGUCAACUGCCACCGGUUCCGGCAUUGGAGAAACUAUACCUCGACGACUACAGCGUGUCGUUCCGUCGAUCUGCCCGAGGCCGACUACAAGCUGUCAGUUCGCACAGCUUCCGGGUGGAUUCGCAGGCACGCAACAUCUCGUUCACACUGUACCAGGACCUUUCCUUCGAGAGCUGCCUUGGGAAUGAGGACUCAAGCGACGCCAAGGACGAGUCGCUGUUGAAGAUCACGCGCGUCAACUUGGGCUACGAACCACGCGAACGCGCCGUCCGCAUGGGAAUGCUCAGCAAGAUGGUGUUGGGUGAUCAGUUUAACCCGUGCGACGAGUCCAACUGCGGUGAUAACACCAUCUGCGUACCCAAACCGGACGAUACCUUUGAUUGCAACUGCAAGAACGGGUUCACGUACGUUCCGUACGGUGCGAGCAGGCGUAUCAAUUGCGUGGACAUCGACGAGUGUUCGGGUGUGAAUAUCUGUGACGAAAAUGCGCAGUGCUUCAACGAGCCUGGUGGCUACAGUUGCCGCUGUAACCCGGGCUUCGAGGGUAACGGAUACCAGUGUGAUAAGUACACCGGACACAGCCAACCGACCUCGUCAUCGUACACCGUCUCGACGCCGGCUAGCUAUGGUAGCUACAACGAGGUGGAUAGUGACCCGGAUCAGCAGGAACCGGACCAGUGCGAGCGUUGCGCGGAAUUCGCCGAUUGCGUGCAGGGCCAAUGCCAGUGCCGAACGGGAUAUGAAGGUGAUGGAACGUCGUACUGUCAGGCGCUGUGUGAUGCUGAAAGUGUCUGGAACGGAGAAACCUGCGUAAAGGAGUCGUACGUCGAGGAAGAGGAGAUCACACCGUUCUGUACGAACUACGGGUGCACGUGUCCGACCGGAUACACGCUGAUCGAGUACGCGUACAACCAGAUCUGCCGCCGGGUGGCGCUUGACCCAGAGGACACCGCCACAGACAACAUGGCUUCCUGCGACGUGGAGAACAACUGCAGCCCACACGCGAACUGCGAGUGGCGCGAUAAUGUGUACCGUUACGAGUGCAUCUGCAAUCCCGGGUACGACGGUAACGGUUACACGUGCGUGGAGAAGGAGGUGUCGUGUUUGGACGAUGAAGAGAUCUGCGACAUCCACGCGUCCUGCAACUACAUCCUGAACCUGAAGAUGUCGAUCUGCGUGUGCAAUAAGGGCUACGAGGGUGAUGGACGUACGUGCCAGCUGGCACCGGAAUGCUCGGUUGAUGACGAUUGUGGCAUGAACUCGGAAUGUCAGGAUGGGUUGUGCAUCUGUCAGGCAGGAUUCGAGCGUGAUCUGUCAGACUUUUGCGUACGCGCAGGGUCCUGCGGUGGAGCGUACUGUGCCGAAAACGCCGUGUGUGUAAUAGAUCCGACGCAGAAAAUCCCGUACUGCCACUGUCCGCCGGGUUUCGUCGGUGAUGGAGUAUCGCAGUGCCGUUCGAUUCCACCACCGUGCAACGUGCGCAAUAACUGCGGUUUGCAUGCGUCCUGCGCACCAAGUCACAGGGAUUCGUCAACGUUCGAGUGCAUGUGCAAUGCGGGCUUUUUCGGUGAUGGGUUCGUGUGUACACCGGAACGGAACUGUGCCAACAUUCCGAGUCUGUGUGAUCCGAACGCUUACUGCGAACAUGGCACUAACGGCUACCAGUGCAUCUGUAAGGAUGGCUAUCUUGGAAACGGAACCGUCUGUAAUACGGCACAUCGGCUGGAUGAUGGCUUCCUCCUCAUCAGCCAGGGUGUGGCCAAUAUUCACGUACCACUCAACGGUGGUCUAGGUUAUCCAGUCACGAUGGCGUUCAUGUCGAUCGGACUCGAUCGAGACUGUGCCGAGGGACGUAUCUACUGGAGCGAUAUCGCGGCCCAGCAGAUCGUGAGCGCUAAGUACGAUGGCACGGAUCAGAAGCCGUUUAUCACGAAGGACAUUGUGUCGCCCGAGGGUGUAGCAGUGGAUUGGAUUUCUCGCCGGCUUUAUUGGACGGAUUCAGCGAAGGACACGAUCGAGGUGGCGAGUCUCGAGAAUCCGGAACAACGCUCGGUGCUCGUUUCGAAGUACCUGGUCAAUCCACGCGGUAUCGCGGUUGAUCCGCAUCAGAGCAAGCUGUACUGGUCGGAUUGGAACCGUGACGGACCCAAGAUCGAAUGGUCUAAUUUGGACGGUACGGAGCGUCAGCUGCUGGUGGAUAGCCCAAGAGUUUCGCUACCAAACAGCAUCCAGGUGUCGAUGGCCAGUGGUGAGCUGUGUUACGCUGAUGCAGGCACGAAGAAGGUGGAGUGCAUCGACACCUACAGCAGGCAGAUCCGUACGAUCGCCAGCAAUCUCACGUAUCCCUUCGGAUUGGCCGUUACCGACGAUCUGUUCUACUGGACGGACUGGGUAUCGAAGAAGAUCGAGAGCAUUGACGUGUACGGUGUGCGCCAGAAGUCCAUCAACUCGCCGGUGUUCGGCAACCACAAGAUGUACGGCAUGACCGCCGUCACGGACAAGUGCCCACUAUUCCACAGUCCGUGCGUGAUCAAUAAUGGCGAGUGUCCGGAGGACAAGAUCUGUCUCAUCAACCCGCGGGCCCCGUCCGGCAGAAGCUGCAAGUGCACUCGGAACUGCAACGACGUUAUAUUAGAUUACUGAGCCUGAUCGGCCCCGGGGUGUUUGCAGGUGUUUCGCAGUUUGUCGAGCUGCUUCAUGAACCACUCGCAAGCAAACUACUGCCAGCAGAGUUUUCUGUUUUGAAACCAGCACUUUUGUCUUGACAUAGGUUAGCAGCAACAAUGCUUUGCGUUUUGGCCAUUUGUAUGCAAAUGAAUCCCAAUAAACUGCAUAAUACG